ACAAAAUAAAAUUGUACCUAUACCUAUUCCAACUGCGGCGGCGUUAGCGUUACAUUGAAAAGAUUCUGCUGUGUUUAAGAUCAUCUACCUAAUUUAGUUGUUCGUUGAACUUGGAAGUGGUCGAAAAUCAAGAUUGCCUUAGCAAGUUCAGAGCGGAAUGUAAAUAUAAUUCUCAACGACGUUUUUUGAAAAUAUAAAAAUGUUCUUCGAACUUGUGGUUCUUCUCAUCACGAUUCUAUUCGUUUACGACUACCUUAGCAAGAAACGAGUCAAUGACGUUCUAUCGUACAUGCCAGGACCAAAAUCGUUGCCACUUGUAGGAAACAUUUUAUCAUAUGUUGGUAGAACUCCAGAAGAUAUUUUCAACCUCAUAGCUUCGAAUCGUCAAAAAUAUGGACCUAUGUAUCGUGUAUGGAUUUUCAAUCGUCCAGCGGUUUUCUGUGCCGAUCCCAAAGAUGUCGAAGUGAUCCUUAAUAGUUCAAAACAUAUCACUAAGAAUUCUUUGUAUGAUAUGUUGGUUGGUUGGUUGGGUUACGGAUUACUCAUAAGUACUGGACAGAAAUGGCACUCAAGACGAAAAGCCAUAACACCGACGUUUCACUUUAAAAUUCUAGAACAAUUUGUUGAGGUGUUUGAUGAACAAGGCAAAGAACUUAUUGAAGCUAUUAAGGAUAAGGCCGAUGGAAAGACAGCUUUUAAUAUUUAUCCUUUUAUUUGCAGAAUGGCUUUGGAUAUUAUUGCUGAAACCUCAAUGGGAACUAAAGUUAAUGCUCAAAAGAACCCAAACUUUGGUUAUGUACGAGCAGUAACAGACAUAACAGCUUUAUUUUCGAAGAGACUUCUCAAAGCAUGGUAUCGUUUGGAUCUUCCAUUCCGUUUACUGGAACCUAGCCUUUAUAAAAAGCAAAUGGAAACCAUACAAAAAAUGCACGACUUUACAGAAAAUGUUAUACGAACACGGAGAGAAGCUUUGGAGAAAGAAAUUUCUGAAGGAAAACUUAAAAAUCAAGUUGAAUCCAAUGAAGAUUUGGGUAUCAGCAAGAAAAUGGCCCUUUUGGAUGUUUUGUUGCAGUCAACAAUUGAUGGAAAACCCCUUUCGAAUGAGGAUAUUCGUGAAGAAGUUGACACAUUUAUGUUUGAGGGCCAUGAUACCACUACCAGUGCCAUUUCGUUUACACUGUUUCUUGUGUCACGACAUCCGGAGGUACAAAGAAAAGCAUUCGAAGAAAUUCAUGACGUCAUCGGGGAUGAUACCAGCAAAUCGAUAACAUUGCAUGACUUGAAUAACUUAAGAUAUUUGGAAUGUGUUAUUAAGGAAGGACUGCGAUUAUAUCCACCAGUACCGCUAAUAGGACGUAGAUUUCAAGAAGAUGUAGAAAUAAACGGUAAAAUGAUUCCUGGUGGUACUGACUUUACAAUUGGAAUCUAUGUCAUUCUAAGAGAUGGUGAAUAUUUCACCAAACCAAAUGAGUUUAUUCCCGAACGACAUUUGACAGAAAAUACUGCAGAAAAAUCAAAUCCCUAUGCAUACAUUCCGUUUAGUGCUGGACCACGAAAUUGCAUUGGUCAAAAGUUUGCUAUUUUAGAAAUGAAGAGCACAAUAAGCAAAAUUCUUCGGAACUACGAGUUGUUAGCACUUGGAGAAGAUGUCCGACCUAUGAUGAAUUUGGUCACGAGAUCAGUGAAUGGAGUGCAAGUUGGACUUAAGCAAAGAAUUUAUUAAGUUUUAGAUAUUUUAUGGUUUGGUGCGUAAAUAAAAUUUUAAUAAAACAUAUUUUGUUAUCAAUUAUAUAU